CUGCCGCAACCCGCAGGCGGCGCAAGCGACGAUCCGCCCGACGGCUUUACGGAGGGGAAAUUUAUCACUGCACCACCAUCCCGCUCUCCAUCUCCCGGCACCGUCAGCCUCCGUAGCGGACCCCGACGGCCUGACUCGACUAGGAAGCGGGUCUCGAAGAAGGCGCGCGGCGUCCUGGGCAAGGUUCGGGCCUUCCAGAGGAUUGCUGCGGCCAAGAUGGCUCAUCCCACCAUCAAGAUCGAUACCAGCGUGCAGGCGACGAAGCGGGCCCUCCCCGAGGAUCCUGACGAUGGCUUCGACAUCCUGGAUGGGCCCGACAACGACAACCCCGGCUUGGAAGCCGGCGAUAACGAACGGGUUCCUCCUUUCCUCUGCCAGUCUGUCUUAGAAAUCCACCAGAAAUUCGAAGAACUCGAAUGGAUACAACGGUCUCGUCUGGCGGAGGGCAUGCUGGCCAACGAUUCGUCUCAUCGUUGGGCGCUGGAGGCCGAUCCCGAGGUUAAGGCAAGAAACCGAUACAUCAACGUGCAGGCCUGGGCAAAUUCUCGCAUUCAUCUUCCAGUGCCCGAGGGAGAAUGUGACUUCAUAAAUGCUUCGCCGAUCGUCCUGCAGGAUUCGGUGUCUCGGGAGGAACGGAGGUAUAUUGCGACGCAGGGACCAAAAAUCGGCAACAUCCCUCACUUUUGGCAGAUGGUCUUCCACGAAUCCACUGAAGUUGGCGUGAUCGUCAUGCUCACGCAAACCGUCGAAGCGGGCCGAGAGAAAUGUUCGCAAUACUUCCCCAUCCACGAGGAGGCUCCCGCCAUGGCUUUGGUCGAGAGAGGCCAUCCCUACAUAAACGAAGAUGGUCAACAACAGACAGACGACCACCUCAUCGGUGAGGUCGCACUGCUCGAAACCACCUGGGAUGAGAAAGCUCGCUCCGAGAUCCGAAAGCUGCGUCUUACCGUGGGUGAUGAAUCCAAGGUCGUUUGGCAUUUUCUAUUCGCGGGGUGGGCGGAUUACUCCAAGCCGGAAGGCGACGACCGCGACGCGCUGCUUCAACUGAUCCGACUGUCGGGCUCGAAGUGCUCACCCUCGAAUCCUCGCGUCGUGCACUGCAGCGCCGGUGUCGGCCGGACAGGCACGUUCAUUGCUCUUGACCAUCUUCUGCUAGAACUGGAGUCGGAGCAACUGUUGCAGGUGCCUGACGAAAGCACUGAUCCGGUGUUCGAAACCGUCAAUCAGAUGCGAGAACAACGCAUGAUGAUGGUCUACAACGAAAUGCAGCUGCAGUUCAUCUACGAGGUCCUGCGGGAGCAAGUGGACGUGAAGCUUGGAAAGGUCGUCAGUGCCACCGAACGCAAGUCCGACGAAAGAACCACGAAAAUGGCCAAACUUUCCGAUCAAAGCGACUACCUGCCAUCAGCUAAACCGGAGCUGGAGCUCGUCUCCGAUCGCCGCUCGACGCCUAAUAGGAGCUGGUCAGGAACGCCCGAGGUUUCAGACAAUGAGUAG